UAUGGAGCGGUUCGGUUAUCAUGACGAUGCUCGGGUGCCGCCGGCACUGCUGCCGCCGCCGACGCCGCCGGUGGUUGCGCUUCGCCACCGUCAGUGCAUGGCGCGCGAACACCAGCAGUAACACUAUGACCAGCGCCGCCAGAAAGCCGCACACCAGUACACAUGUGCACUCCAACGUUUACGCGGCUCGUCCCGGGUCGGGGUCGUCCCUGUGGGGCAAAGCUGCAGCAAACCUGGCCUGGCCAGUGUAUCAAACACACACACAGUGUUGCGGCGAGAGAGAGCGAGAGAAAGAGAGUUGGAGAGAAAGGGAGGUCCUAAUCUAAGGUGUACGGUUCUACACAAUGACGCACACUUUCCCUAGAAACUCUUGUUUUUGGCUAAUAAUUUACGCGUGUAUACUUAAACUUCCUUUCAAUCGCUGAUAGGUUCUCUUUAACGCAUUCGAAAAAGCUUAAAUGUAAAAAACCCUCUUUUUUUGUUUCUACACACUACACAAACGAGGCGCCUCUAGCACACCGGGACGAGUCACAGCCGUCACAGCUUCAGUAACGCACGAGCACGAGGAUCUCUCUGCUUCCUGGGAUGGUUCAUUCCCGUCCGUUGCCUCCGCGAUUGCUUCUUCUAGACAACAAUGUCCGCAUCCAGCGUACUCUCAUUCGCCCGUGCGGGUUUCACUCUCACACGACCCGGUCGGUGGAUGAGAACUGUUCUUAAGACUAACUCGGCCUGCCGCUGCUCAAAGUCUUCAUUCGUUAGUGUGACUCCUCCGGGUGCGGGAAUGAUUCACCACCGAUUCAAACUAGCUUUGUUGAUUUCGUUGGCCACACACACACACACGCACAUACGUUUCUGGUCGUCGUUCAAGGCUUCGAAAUUGGUGGGUACGAGAGACCGGGGUGUCCGUACGCGCCGGAACAGGAUACAGUACUACCCAGCGCACCAUUAAUUGGCGGUCGCUGUAAUGCUCCCCCCGCGCGGUCGUGUCCGGGCGGGGUGCUUCAGCCUUCGCAGGACCCAGUUCCAUCUCUCGGAACGUUCUCUCCCUCUCUCACUCACACCGGGAGCCGGAGACUUUCUUACCGAGAAAAGGGAAAAAUCACUCUUUCCUGUGCCGGCGAUUCCUCGUACAUUCUGUCUCUCAUCGGUCGUUCAUUUUUUCUCCCGCGAACCCGCGUUGACCUCUCUCACUCACUCACUGUCGCUCUCGCGUGUACAAUAUUAUGCAGUGUUUUCCAAGCUCUGCUCAAAUAAAUCGAUAUCCACGUGAUUUUGGUGGAACUUACGCACCUUCACUCCCUCCUGCUCCCUUUGCAGGCCAAGGCAGCGUGGUUUUUCGCAACACCGGAGAGCCCUUGGCCCACUGCACGCGGGAGAAUAGAGCAGUAUGCGCGAGAGAGAAAGAGAGAAAGAGCACGAGCGCGCACACGAGAUUCCAAACAGCCGGAGGACAUGGCGACCCCCAGACGUCGCGGGCUUCGAGUCCGGAGAGGCCUCGGUUACCGUGCGGCAUUUUUCUGACAGUUUAGUACCGCAUUACACAUGCCUAGGCCCGGAUCCCGCAGCCACCGGUCGCAUAUGGCAUAGCGGCGGCUCUAGUGUGUGUGUGUGUGUGUGAGAUAACGGAUAGAACGGGGGGAAACCGGGUUGGUUCUGGUGUCUCUCGGGUAGGGUUUUGGAAACAACAUUGAACAACAACGCCGUGUUGACAAAAAACCUCCACGGGGCAAAAGCUACCUCCUUCAAAUCAACCGGUGUGUGUGUGUGUUGUUGUGCAUAGUGUGUAUGUUGUGGAGGUAGCAAGUUGCACAUGGUCACCACGGGGUUCUGACUGUUGCCGGAGUUGACCUGUCCAGCGGAGAGUGCCUGUGAGGGCUGUGCUGUGAGUGAUUAGCCGUUUUUAGCUCGUGCUUAGCGUACAGGGCCACACACAGACAUACAUUUUAAGAUGGACCUGUACCAGUAUUACAUCUACGAAAAUGCCGAUCAACGAACUAAAGACUGGUUUCUGGCGGGGUCACCGUUUCCAAUCGUCGGCAUCAUUAUCUGCUACCUAGCGCUGGUGUACGUCAUAGUUCCAAGGUACAUGCGUAACCGGGAAGCCUACCAGCUGAAAACGUUCAUGGGAUUCUACAACCUGUUCCAGGUGCUGUACUGUGUGUUUCUGAUUACAAAUCUAGUGAAGGCCGGCUGGAGGCCAUACUUUUUCUACCGAUGCGUCGAGACGGACUACUCCGACGACCCGAAGGCAGUGCUGAUGGUUGAGACGACCUGGUAUCUGCUGAUGAUCAAGCUGUUCGAGCUUCUCGAGACGGUGCUGUUCGUGCUGCGCAAGAAGCAGAACCAGGUCACGCUGCUGCACGUCUACCAUCACAUCAGCACGUUCGUGAUAGCGUACAUCUACACCAAAUACAUUGGAGGAAGCAUGCUCACGUUCUCGAUCGUGGCGAACUGUGUCGUGCACAUCAUCAUGUACUCGUACUACUUCAUGUCCGCGUACGAUGUGCCGCUGUUUAAGUUUCUCGUCGCAAAGUACAAAAAGUACAUUACCAGCAUUCAACUGAUUCAGUUCUGUCUGAUGAUGGUGAACAAUCUGCUCGGGCUCAAUCCGAGCUGCAACGUGUCCCGCCCGUUCCUGGCCAUGUACAUACCGAACAUCCUGAUCCUGACCUAUCUGUUUUACGAUUUUUACAACAAAGCCUACAGCAAAUCAAAAUCCGCCAACAAAGUGAAACAAUAAGCAUGGGAGGGGGGGAGGAUGGGUCGGUUUGGUUUUGGUUGGGUUGCAUGCCCACGGUAGCUGCUUUCUUUUCUUGCUUGAUUGGCACCGAAAUCCUUGGAGAGUGCAAUAAUAAAUCGAUUUUAUGUUCUCGCGCGUUAUUGGGACAGGCCGCAAAAGGAGCGGUAGCACCUUUGCUUUUGUUGGGGGACAGGAGCAUAGCUCCAAUUCAGACACACAUACCAGGGCUAAUAUAUCGUUUCAAUGCCUUAGAGACAGGACGAUGGGAAAGCUUUAACUAAUGUGAUUGAAUUCGAGGGAAUUGUGUAUCGUUUUGGUAGGAGAGGUUUGAUUUUGUUGGUUCAUUUAUGGGUAGGAUUUGAUACAGUAGUAAAAGGGGAAAGGCAGAAAAAGGUGAAACGUUUGUUGACAAUUACGUACCAGAAGACGGGUUAUUUCCUUUUUGUUUUAUAGAUUAAUCCUUUUUGUUGCUGUUAGACACGUAGUAACCAAUAGCAAACUAUCAUGGAAAUUUCGUUACAAUCCUGGGUUCGUGACCGCGGACCGAGACAGAUACGAAACGGGAGGGGAAGGAAAGACCGUUUGGUUUUUCUCCUUCGUUUUAUCACUGCGACAUAAAUUUAGCUUCCAAGUGCAUAUAGAUAUAUAGAUAGAGAGAGAGAGUGUGUAAGAGAGAGAGUUGCAGCAAAUGGCAAAUUUAAACAUUUAAACACAGAGAUUCAAUUGCUACUUGCAAUUUACACAACAAGGUACACCCCUCAAAAAAUGCAGAGAUGGUCCAGCAACUAGUUACGAGAGCAACGCUCACACAAAAAAUUCCAAUGAAAUUAUAAACAACGAAGAAUUAAUCAAAAAUAAAGAACAACACGCGUGUUUAAAGUAUAAUUUUA